AUGUAAAAUAAUAUUAUUGAAUAAAAUAAAAUAGUUGUCACAGUAAAGGAUCCUACAAUAAAUUAAAAUCACGAGGAAUUUGUAAUGUAUAAUAUAGAGGGAUAAGAUAACGCAGGCGAUUUUUAAAUUUAGCAUCGUUUUAGUGAAUUUUACUAAUUAAGAUCCUUGCUUGCCUAAAAAUGGUAAUACUGUUAUAUACCGGCAUUGCCUCCAAAAGUUGUUCAAGUAAUGUAAUUGCAAUACAUAUUUAGGGAAAUUUGAGUUUGAAAGUGAUCUAUUAAAGAUUAAUGAUGUUUGAUCAUUUCAUGAAAUAAUUAUCUAAUUUUUCCUUUUUGUGGUAUUCUCAUGAAGUUUAAGCAUUUUUAAGAUAGCUAUAAUUAAGGAAAAGUAAUUCUAAUGAAUGGUAAGAGAACUAUGCCAACUUAUUGAUUUCAAUUUUCCCAGAUUUCGCUGAAAAUGUAAUAGAUUAAGAAGUAGAAACUAAAAUCAACUAAUUUUUCCUUUUUAUUCAAAAUGCUACUCCAAUUCUUCAGAAUUAUAAAGCAAUCAUGAAAAAUAAAUUAACCAUUAGGUAAAAUUAUCAAUCUAAUUAGCAAAUAACAUCAUGAAUAAAUAAAUAUUUUUUAAACUUUUUUUAUACCUGAAUAUGAGAAGAUCCUAGAGAUAAAUGUUGAAAAAACCAGAUCUCGCUAAACAAGUAAGAUAUUUUAAGAGGAUCAGAGUAACUGCGUUUUGAGUGAUACUGAUAAGUAAUUCUAUAUCAUGUAUAUUUAGAUUAAAAUUGAAUUGAAUGAAUUUUAAGUAAAUUUAUAAUUUAGUUUCUUAGGUUUUAAUUGAAUUGAUUCAAAAAAGAGAACAAUUGAAAUUAUAAAUUUAAACUUUAAAUGAAUAACUCUAAAAAAAAGUAAAGUAUGUAUCAGAAAUCUAAAAUAAUGGUUUGAAUAUAAUUAAGCAAUUGGUAACAACUAAAGAGGAUGAAAUAGAAAAAGCAUUUUUAAAUUUGAAACAAGUUAUAUAUUUUAAUUCUAUUGUAGCUUGAAAAAGAAUUGACAAUCUAGGUUUCCCUUUUUUCCCUUAUUACUAACAAAUUAGCAUCAGAUAUACAGUUUUUGAAAAAGGUCUUUUCAGAAAAUUAUUACUAAGUGGUCAAACAAAUGAGUAAGCUUUUUAAACAAAAUGCUCAAAAAGUAUAAAUACAAUUUAGGAUUAGAAUAUUUCAUUUUACUAGAACCUAUUAUUAGAAAUAGAGUAAUUAGAACUUUGA